AUGCUGUCCAGAGCUGCCCGCCCGGCGCUGAGGGCCGGUGCUGCCGUUUCGUUCCGAGCGGCAGCUCCGACAGCCACCUACGCGACGCUGCGUGAGAUUGAGGGCCGCCUCAAGUCGAUUCGCAACAUCGAGAAGAUCACCAAGACGAUGAAGAUUGUCGCCUCCACCAAGUUGACCCGUGCGCAGCGCGCCAUGACCGAGUCGCGCAAGUACGGCGAGACCAGCAACCAGGUGUUCGAUUCGGCCGAGACCAAACCGCUCGAGGGCGAGGGCAAGAAGAAGCUGCUGGUCAUCUGCAGCUCCGACAAGGGUCUUUGCGGUGGUGUUCACUCCGGCCUGUCUCGUUACAUCCGCCGGAGGUCGCUCGAGGACUCCAACUUCGACCUCGUGAUCCUCGGCGAGAAGUGCCGCUCGCAACUGCAGCGCACCAAUGCCAAGGAGAUUGUUCUCAACUUCGCUGGUGUCGGCAGGGACGUCCCCACCUUUGCCGAGGCCCAGGCUAUCGCCGACCAGAUUGUCAUGCUCCCUGGCGAUUACUCGGACGUUGAGAUCAUCUACAACAAGUUCAUCAACGCCCAGAGCUACGAGCCCACCGUUCUCCCGGCUUACAGCGAGGAUGCCAUUGCCGCGUCCCCCAACUUCGCCGCCUUCGAGGUCGACGAGGAGCUGCUUUCCAACCUCCGCGAGUACUCCCUUGCCAACUCCCUCUACUGGGCUCUGUCCGAGGGCCACGCCUGCGAGAUUUCUGCCCGUCGCAACGCUAUGGACAACGCCUCCAAGAACGCCGGUGAGAUGAUCAGCAAGUACCAGAUUCUCUUCAACCGUACCCGCCAGGCCGUCAUUACCGGCGAGCUGGUCGAAAUUAUCACCGGUGCCACCGCUUCGGAGGACAUGUAA